UGUAUCUCCCGUGCUCCAUUUCACGCACCUACAGAUUCACAUACAGGAACAGCAGAGAGGACGCAAAACAAGGUGACUCCUGCGGUGGCCGUUCAGGCAGAGCCAGAUUAGUAAACAGUUUGGUGUCUACUGACACAGCUUCAUCUGUGACCCCAGAGACUGAGACAUCAUGUCAGGGGACAGUAGCCAGGGUGACAAGACCCAGUGCAAUGGAGUCAGAAAUCACAGGUCGGCUCUUCCUGCAGCAAUGUUCUCACGAAACAAUGUCAGUAUGUGGAGUGUUCUCAAAAAAUGCAUUGGAAUGGAACUGUCUAAAAUCACAAUGCCAGUGAUUUUUAAUGAGCCUUUAAGUUUUCUUCAGCGAUUGACUGAAUACAUGGAGCACACGUACCUCAUCCAGAAAGCCAGUGAGUCACAAGACUCCAUCCACAGAAUGAAGUGUGUGGCAGCUUUUGCUGUGUCAGCUGUGGCCUCACAGUGGGAGAGGACUGGAAAACCCUUCAACCCACUGCUCGGAGAAACCUACGAGCUGUUCAGAGAGGAUCUGGGGUUCAGAUGGAUCUCUGAACAGGUCAGUCAUCAUCCGCCGGUCAGUGCCUUCCACGCCGAGGGCAUGAAAAAUAACUUCAUGUUUCAUGGUUCCAUUUACCCGAAACUCAAAUUCUGGGGGAAGAGCGUGGAAGCCGAACCUCGUGGAAUCAUCACCCUAGAGCUUCCUCUUCACAGUGAAGCCUACACUUGGACCAACCCCACCUGCUGUGUUCAUAACAUUAUAAUGGGACAACUUUGGAUUGAGCAAUAUGGAAAUGUUGAAAUUAUUAAUCAUAAAACUGGGGAAAGAUGUUGUUUGACUUUUAAGCCGUGUGGCAUCUUUGGAAAGGAGUUGCAUAAAGUGGAAGGAUACAUACUUGAUAAAAGUAAAAAAAAGAUUUGCGCUCUAUAUGGCAAGUGGACGGAGUGUUUGUAUUCUGUGGAUCCAGGGACAUUCGAUGCUCACAGAAAAUCUGACACAAAACGUUCUGAGAAGGACAGGAAGGGAAGCACACAGAGUAAUAAUGCGGAUGAGGAGCCAGAUGAAAUGCCUCCUCCAGAGGCAGAGACCGUGCAAGUGAUUCCAGGAAGUGAACUGAUCUGGAGGAUAUCACCGCGACCAGACAACUCCGGAAAAUACUAUGCUUUCACAACAUUCGCUCUGCAGCUGAAUGAGCUGGAUGCAGAGAUGGAGCGAGUUCUUCCACAGACAGACUGUCGUCUGAGACCUGAUAUCAGAGCCCUGGAGAAUGGAGACAUAGAUGCAGCCAGUGCAGAGAAGAACAGACUGGAGGAAAAACAACGAACAGCUCGGAAAAAUCGCUCCAAAUCAGACGAGGAAUGGAAAAUAAGGUGGUUUCAUCAGGGGCCGAACCCUUACACCGGAGCCCCAGACUGGCUCUACAAUGGCGGCUACUGGAACAGGAAUUACUCACACCUGCCUGACAUCUACUGACCUCACAUUACGGCAAACAUCUGGGGGAAUGGAGUGCCCUGCUGCUCAGGAAAUGCAUUUGAGUCUAUAUAUAGAAACCAGUGUCUGAUUUGGUGCUAAACCAUGAUUAUGAUGACAGUUAAAGUCAUGAUGAUGUAAAAGCUCAAGACCUAACCUGAGCUUUAUCUUUCAGCCCAUCCAAGUGUAGUAUUAAUUUAUAUAUAAGACAUAUCAUGACAGGUUAAGACAGAUAUGUGAGGUAAUCCCAAGAAUUUGUUGAAAACAUAUGAAACACUUAAACAUUUUAAUUUUUAUGGAAACUUUUAAACAAUAUUGAUUAUUUUCAUACAAUUAGAUAUAGAAAGUAGAGAUUAGGAUCCACAUUAAAAGAAAGAAUGAUUCACAUCCAGUCAAAUGUGCCUGGAUGAAAAAAUAAAUAAAAUUACAUGUAUCUCCUAAUAAUAUAUGGUGUGAAAUUAUUCUAGUCAACUCUUUAGAUCGAAUGUGAAAGGUUUUGCUGAAGGAUGUUUUGGAAAGUCACAAUAUCUGCAUGCAUCAACUUUAUGCACCAAAUUGUUUUAAUGCAAGUUUCAAAUAUUUGUGGUUUGACAUCAGCAGGUCUGCUAAAUAUCUUAAAGAAGGAAUUCAUUACAUGAAAAUGCACAAAAAAAAUUGUCUUUUUAUUGUUUACAUACGCACUGAUGCACCCUGACAAAAUGCACAUUUUAUCAUUAAACAAUGUAUUUUGCAUUCCAUGUAACACGUUUUACUGUUGCUAAAUAAAAGGCUUUCUAAAACUGAACACA